AUGGGUCAAGGUUAUUCUAUCAACGUUUCUGCUGGCUCGGCUGGUAUCGAUGUCCCUGAACUCGCCGACCUGGAGACUGAGAGGAGUCUCGGCGCUGUACGGUUUAUGAAAACAAUCCGCGCAAGACACAAGGACGGACUUGUAAUCGCCAAGGUCUUUAUCAAGCCAUACCCCAACCUCAAACUCGAGGACUAUUCUCAGAAGCUGUUUCUCCAGAGAAGGGAGCUCUCAGAUGUACCAAACACUUUGCCGUACCAUCGAAUCAUUGAAACAGCAACGAAUGGCUACCUCGUCCGCCAAUACAUUCACAGCUCCCUCUACGACAGAAUUAGCACUAAUCCAUCUCUUGAGGAUGUUGAGAGGAAGUGGAUCGCGUACCAGCUCUUGUGCGCGGUCAGAGAGAGUCAUGCGAAGAACAUCUGUCACGGAGAUAUCAAAACUGAGAACAUGCUUGUGACUACCUGGAAUUGGCUGUACCUGACCGACUUCUCCACUGCAUUCAAACCUGGUCGACUACCAGAAAACAACCCUGCGACAUUCUCCAUCUUCUUCGAUACUACAGGCCGCCGCAUCUGUUACGUUGCCCCUGAGCGGUUUGUAGAUGAUGAAGAACUCAGGGAACAUGAGCCAAUCACCUGGCCGAUGGACAUCUUCAGCGUCGGAUGUGUCAUCGCUGAGCUCUUCACCGAGAAGCCCACCUUUACACUCAGUCAACUGUUCAAGUAUCGCCGCGGAGACUAUGACCCAACACACACUAUCCUGAACAAUAUCAAAGAUGAGAAUAUCAGAGAAAUGGUUGCUCACAUGAUCCAACUCGAUCCGGCAAAGCGGUACAGUGCUGAGGACUAUCUGCAGUUCUGGCGGGCCAAGUGCUUCCCAGACUACUUCUACACAUUCUUGCAUCAAUACAUGCAUCUCAUUACCGACCCAACUUCUGGUAGAAAGCCGGUAGUCUUUGGAGCAAAGAAUUCGGGAGGCUCGGACGAUCGCAUUGAGCGUAUCAAUGCCGACUUUGACAAAAUCUCGUACUUCCUUGGAUUCUCCGACGUGGAGAAGCUAGAGAAGUCUACUCGCGCACCGAUCACCUCGGGCCUUGAUCUUUUCCCUCUUCAGGUGGAUUUACCGAACAACAGACACGAUGCGGCAGAUCGUGCUGGAAGUGUUCAGGAUAACGGAGCUCUUCUCUUCCUCAACGUCGUGAUCUCGGCUUUGAGGACGACUGCUCGUGCAAGUUCCAAGAUCAGAGGCUGUGAGCUGCUUCUGGCCUUAGGAGAAAGGUUGACCGACGAAGCGAAGCUUGACAGAGUACUGCCGUUUGCUAUUGCUCUGCUCGAAGAUGAGUCAGAAAGCGUUCGAAUGGCUGCGCUGAGAACCAUCACCCAGCUACUGGCCAUCGUCAGUGUGUUGUCACCUAUGAACGUCUUCAUAUUCCCCAACUAUCUGCUGCCGCGUCUGCAAAAGUUUGUUGCAAGCCCCAUGUUCCGCAAGUCAGGACCACUAAGAGCGACGUAUGCAACUUGUCUUGCAAAGUUAGCCACGACAGCCGCUAGGUUCUUGGACAUGAUGCAAGCAUUGCGUGCUGAUGGCUCUUUGCCUUCUACUGACCCAGAAGCAGAAGACGACAUUACAUCAUAUGCUGCGUAUCAGAACACUUAUGACACCACCCGCGAGGACCUCAUCCAGCAUUUCGAAGCCCAGACUAAGCUGUUCCUGCAAGACGAUGAUCCUUCGGUCAAGCGAGCCUUCCUAGGCUCUGUCACAAGCCUCUGCGUAUUCUUCGGCGAGAACAUCGCAAGCGAUUUGAUUCUGACCCAUCUGAACACAUAUCUGAAUGAGGAGGAUUGGACGCUCAAGUGUGCUUUCUUCGAGACCAUAGUUGGCGUUGCUGCUUUCAUCGGCGGCCCAAGUUUGGAAGACUUCAUCCUGCCGCUGAUGGUUCAAGCACUGACUGAUCCAGAAGAGACUGUGACUGAACAGGUGAUAAGAUCACUGUCAAGUAUGGCACAUCUUGGACUGUUCCAGCGGUGGACGACAGUGGAACUGGUCCUCAUUGUAUCACGCUUCACUCUACAUCCAAAUGUAUGGAUCCGUGAAGCUGCUGUGCAGUUCAUCGAAGCAUCUUCCACACACCUCUCUGAUGCAGAUGUCUGGAGUAUGAUCAUGCCGCUACUAAAGCCUGUGUUGAAGAUGCCAUCAGCCGGUCUCUCGGAAUACGAACUACUGGACGCUCUCCAGAAACCUUUCCCUCGACCAGCAUACGAUUUAGCAAAGAGUUGGGCAGAGAAAGCUGACAAGAGCAUCUUCUGGAAACAAGCACAACAGGUCAGGAGCUUUGCUUUUGAAGCGGGCAGCAACAAAACUCUAUCCGACUUCUAUCAUGAUGGCGAGACUCGUGUGUUGAGCAAAGCAAUGAAGAACGAUGAUGAUGAGCAGUGGCUCGCAAAGCUCCGAGUGGCUGGAAUGCGUACUGAAGACGAACCCAAGCUUCUUGCGCUAAGAGACUAUAUCUGGCGAACCACUAUGCGCUCUGACAAAGAAGGUGGCAAGCAGAAUGACUCUCAGCUCAACCAGAUUGUUUCUCUAAGUGCUAUACAAGUACCAUUACAGAACGUUUUCUUCGAAGCGGACACCACGUCUUACCAGACAUACCGCCCUCCAGCCAACACAACACAGCCGGAUGUGAAGACUUCGCUCGAGGAGGCUCUACGCGAUGCUGCUACGCCUGCAGAUCAGGAUGGCAAGAACCUGUUUAAUCCAGCAAGAGGCAAGCCAUAUCCUUCGACCUCGCAGCAAACACCAAGCGCAGAUGGACCAUCGAAUGCCACACCCAUCAACAGCAAAGCACCCAAUCAUCGUAAACAGAUGGCAAGUAUUGAUGCUCCUACAUAUCUUUCGACAUCUCCGGCAUCAACAAUGUCUGUGAGAAGUGGACAUAACCAUGCUCUUCGUUCAAAAUCAAGCGCGAUGAAUCUCAUGAAACGCACAGAACAGACAAAGGCAUACGCAGAAACAGGCACAGACUCGACCACUGCUGUCGGCAAACUUGAUAUCCCUGCGAACCAAGCGUCUGCUCUGCCCUCACCUUCCGGUCAAGCGACCCCUACCCCAAAGCCAGCACGACCUAAGAUCUCUGCGACGCACUCUUACCACGGCGGUGAUCCGACCGUCCUCAAGUUGCUAGACACAGUCUAUACUGGGUCCAAUCCUGGUAGUGACCGCGAGUUUGGCCCCAAAGUGUCAACAAGACCUCGUGCUCGUGUGACAACCAAGGAUGCUCCCAACCAACAAUCGCAAGGAUAUUGGAAGCCCGAAGGACAAUUGACUGCUGUUCUCGAGGAACAUGAAGCACAAGUCAACUGUAUUGCCGUUUCGCCAGAUCAGGUAUUCUUCCUCACCGGAUCCGAUGAUGGUUCAGUAAGAGUAUGGGACACCAGCCGCUUCGAACGCAAUAUGGCGUAUAGAUCGCGCCAAGCCCAUAGACAUGCUUCUGGAGCACCAAUUACCAGUGUUUGCUUUGUGGAGUCUACGCAUAGCUUCAUUUCGACCGCUUCUGAUGGCACUGUCGAUAUCGUCAAGGUAGAAGUGACCGAAGCAAAUGGCACUCUACGCUAUGGCAAACUCCAGGUGUUGCGUAGCUGGGUGAUACCUACCAAGCCUGGGCAGAAGGAGUACGCCAUUGGCGUCGAACACGGAAAGAUGGAUGGUAGAUCUGUUUGCGUGAUAGUCACAAACCUCUGCCGCAUCCUGUUCAUCGAUAUCUACUUGAUGGACGUGAUGUAUGAGCUCGUCAAUCCGAUACAACACGGCACACCAACAACAUUCUGCAUUUCGAAACGAUGGCAAUGGCUUUUGGUAGGCACAUCGCAUGGCGUUCUCGACAUCUGGGAUCUUCGCUUCCGCCUUCGACUUCGUGCUUGGACCGUACCACGUCCAGCUCCCAUCACACGACUUACAUUACACCCUAGCAGGAAGGACAGUAAGCGAGUCAAGAUCUGCGUUGCUGGUCUGACAUCUCCAAGCCAUGUGUCUGUAUGGGACUUGGAGAAGCUCGUCUGUCUCGAAGUAUAUCACGUUGAUCAGAGCGAUGGCAGAACCGGGCUGAAAGCCAGAGACUUCGAACUCCUCAAUGUCGAUGAAGACAAGUCUGGCGCCAUGCCAUCUCGCAUUCUCGGCUCUCUGGCCACAGACCCACACCUCAGUGCUCGCCCAUCCGAUAAUGGCGCUGUCAAGGCAUUCACCAUGUCCAUGCACACUUCACCAGACAGCUCGGAACCUCGCCACCCUUUCCUGGUCACCACAGGCCCAGACUGGAAGAUCCGCUUCUGGGACACCGAUCGCAUUUCCUCGUCCAUGAUUGUCAACGACAAAGACGACAAAGCCAUCUACACAGCCUCCAAAUUUGGCAACGAUAUUUCCGCCUACACUGAACAAUCCCUCAGCGACAGCGUCUCUGAGAAGGAAAAACACUCGUCUAGUCCAGCACCUGGCCGCGCGUCACCUGUGUCCAACGAUGCAGAGAGUGAAAGAGGUAGCACUGCAUCAAAGGGCAAAAAGAAAGAGAGGGAAGGCAAGGUGGCGAGGUAUGAAGUUAUUCGCAAAUCGGCGAAUCAGUUGCUCAAGGGGCAUAAGGAUACCGUUACUGCUGUUGCGUUGUUGGAGUAUCCGUUUGGUAUGAUUGUUUCUGCGGAUCGCUCUGGUGCUGUGUAUAUCCUUAGGUAG